AUGGCUUUGAGGAAGAAAAUGGUGCAAGCAGUGGCAGCAAACCCCUCCGCUAGACCCCGGCAUGAAGUGCUGAACGUGGCCCUGUACAUUGAGAAAAAGAAGACGUCCUUUAUGGAGUUCUACCAGGACGGGUGGUGGCAGUCGGUGGAGGACUACUUCACAGAGAAAGCUUCCCCAGACAUCAAGAAGAAAUACCGCACGUUUGCAGCCAAAAAGAAUUGGAUCAAGGAUGACCGUGGCAAAGAGGGUGUCGUGAUCAUUGAAGACGACAAGCGUCGAAAGGUUCGUGUGGGGACAAAUUGUAGCACUUCAAGCGUGAAGACAUCAGAGCACGAGACCCGGCAAACGCGUGACGAGCACUUUGAGAAGGAAUCUGCUGGCUUGUUGAACGUCAAGUUCAACACGCAGGAUGGACGGGCGAAGGAAGCAGAGGCGCUUGGCCAAGAUCCAACGCCUGAAGAGCAGGAGGCGGACCAACAGCCAGACACUGACAAGAUAGAGAGUGACUCAGAUUCUGAUGAUGGAUGGAACUUCAACCCCAAAGACCAGGAGGAGAUUCCCAAUGCCAAGCGUGCCAGGGCCCCCAGGGCCAAGCAGGAGACAGCAGGCAAGAGAACUGGAUCAGCCGGAGCAGCAAAGCUUUUGCAAGGCAAGCAACUACUAGACACGCUCUCAUCCAUGACUGCGCUUGGGAUGUGGGAUGGCACCAUCAAGGAGAAGGAUGUCUCCAACCGUCUCCAAAAAGCGCGGCAGCUCUCUGAGUUCCUUGAGCAGGAAGGUUCUGAUGAACAUGUUUCUGUUGCCAAAAGCUUGGCCACUUCUGCCAACACCAUUGAGGAGACUGCAAACACCCUUGAAGCCGUGCAGUUUACAAAGCCAUGUGUGGAGUUGCAGAAUGUUGAUGGCCCCCUUCUGGACCGUUUGUGCAAUCUUCCUGCAGACUGUCUCACUGCGGUGCUGACUAGUGCAAGCCGCAAGCUGGUGGAGGACAAGGGCUUGCUUAAA